AUGGAGCACACGGUGGAAGCACUCACCCACCACCAGCCGGCUGCCACGUUCGAUAACGCGAGUAUGUGGCACAACUUGACCGCCUGGACAUCGUUCAACGUUUCCAGAUACGCCCCGUCCCUGGAGGAUCUCGUCCUAGCCGGCCCUCGGAUGGUCAUGAAGCUCGGAAAGCUCGGCUCUUACAUUUCCUUCCCCGAUGCCAUAGACGGCUUCGGUCAACGGCUCGUUCCUGACGCCACGGGCUCCGACAUAUUCUCCUCCACGACUCCCCCCGGCUCCGCCAGUGUCGUUUCCACCGGGCCCAGCAUCGCAUCCGCUGCACCAUCGAACCUCGCCGACCUAGACCCCACCACUUCGGUAUACCGGUUCUCGAUGGAGGGCGCAAAGGGCCUAGGUAGCGUGUUCAGCUACGCCACCAGCAAGUGGGCGCUGUGCUGUAUCGCGAUGGCAGUUGUUCUUAACAGAACACACAUCUUUGCCGCAACUCGACGGCGUUUACGACUAAAGUGGCACACCCGCCUAGUGCUACGGAUCGCGCCUAUCGUCCUGUUCUUCAUACAAGCCCGGAGCAUACUGCAGUCCAUACAAUGUCAGACCUCGGCUGACUUCUCUGAGCUGCGGUGGGGAAACGCAAGCAAGAGUUCGGACCUCAUGUUCUCGCAACAGAACACAUUGCUGCAUGGGGUGAGCUCCACGCUACUGUUAGGUGCCACGGAUGAGGAGUCCUGCUUGGCUGUGCAGAUGAUACCAUCGGGUUACGAGGAGUCACCGGAGCUCAAGGGCUCGUUGUCUCUGCUGUGGCCGCUCUUCGGCACCUUCUGUCUCAGCCAGGUCCUCGAGACGAUAUCGUGUGCCGUUCAGGGACGGCCGGUGUCCGCUGAGACGGGUAUGACGCUCUUCGAGCAUUCCCUGGCAUUUGCCGAGGCCGACGCUGCGAUUAGCAAUCAGCUCGGCUGGGGUCUGUUCAGUUCUGGGGCCGCAAAUGCCACUGUCAAACCGAGUGCUGGUGCAAACAUCGCCAUAAGCCGAUCGAUGAUCAUGAAAAGGGUCAACACUCCUCCCGAGGUCCUGCUUAUUGCUUUCUUCUCGGCGAUGAGCCAUAUCACUAGCCAUAUCCUCGGAGUCUUUGGCAAGCAGGCGAGAUUCCGUCUGAUCAGCACAGGGCUCUGGGCGUCGUGCUUCAUGGGCAGCAUUGUCUGGAGCGCCAUUACGUUCUCCUUGGAAGAUCCCGCCCGGCAAGGACUCCUCAGAUAUCCCACUGUGUGCAUUAUCGGCUUCAUACCACAUGUGCUGGUCUUGAUUGGCAUCAUCAUCUGUUUUACAAUCUAUUCCGUGGCUCUUGUGUUGUCUGCCCUGGCAACACCUGCAGAUGCAGACUCGGAGCAGCCUCUGACGUUCAAGCAACGACUUGCACUCGCGCACGCCAACAUGCAGGCGAAUCUUUCGUUCUCGGACUUGCGGAUCACAAUGGAAAUGGACUUCUACACCGCACUGCUCCGAACUGGGUUCGGUGCCAUCACUAUGGCUUCUGAAGCUGUCUACCUCAAUGAAGACAGGCAAGUGGGCCUCAAGCGUACGACAUGGCUCGAGGAUGAGCGAUACCGAGAGAUCGAAGAACUGAAAAUGAACUGGAUCAGCUCUGGUAUUCCAGGAUCGCGAUAUGACUCAACGGGUGUCAUCGGCCUGGUUCCCGUCAAAGACGGGCAGCUCAGGGCUACAAGUGGUUAUGCUCGUGAGAGAGCCGCGCAGAAACUAUCGAAAUCCCGGGCUGGCGAGCGCCGCAGCAUGCGAGACGGAGUUGGGGCGGCAGAGCGCAGCGGCCGCUGGCUACUAGCUUUGGACUACCUGAUGCACAUCAACAAACUGGUUCUCACGGCUUGGGCGAUGGCAGUAUGCAAAGUGCUUGCUAGUGUCGGCGUUCAGAACCCGCCAAAUUGGCUGAAGAAUUGGUCGAGGCUUCCGAAAUCUGGCCGGCCGGAGGAAAAGCAUUCAAGGAGCAGCAGGCCGUACGAGGCGAUCAUAGCAGGAGAGGGUUCCAUCGGCCUCACAGAGAUUCAUCGUGCUGACACAGUCGAUGUGGAGCAAGAGCUUCGUCAAACAUAUAAUGACAAAGGGGCCUGGCCUGAUGAAAGCGCACGUGAACGCUGGAUGGACAACAGACUCUACCUAUGGUGGCUGUACGGAGGCUGGUGGGGAACGAAAGACAGGAGCGGCGAGUAUAGGCCAACAGCAGAAGAGGAAGACUCGGACUGGGAUGCCACCAGUGUAAUCACGACAGCCGAAUCUGAAGCCUCAACCAGCGAUGACAACGACGACGCCUGGGAGGAUGACGAUGGCCAACGUACGCCUACACAGCGAUCACCAUUCACGUCCAGGGAGAGUACACCAGUCUUUGACAAUCCCAUACAACCGUCUGACCUCGCAUCCCUUCUCCAUCCCCGCAAUUCAGAAGAGCGAAACCAAGCACGCGCGCUCGCCGCACACCUCGGCUCGGACCGAAUCUUGACACGCUCGGCCUUCCAACGGCUCGAACAAGCUCAGCGUUCGCGCGUGAUCUUCCCGGGCCAGCACGCGCACACGAUCAAGAAGAUGACAGCCGAAGAGGAAGCGGAGGUGCUGGAGCAGAUCUUACUUGAACGCCGAGCCGCGACGGCUCCCGACGAUGGGGCCGCCGGCGCCAGCGCGGCGGGCUCAUGGGCUACGGGCGCGUCGGGUAUGGGGCCUGAUGGCCCUCAGUGCGUGGUGUGCCACAGCUCGCCACGGACCAUCAUCGUAUGGCCGUGCCGGUGUCUGAGUCUGUGUGACGACUGCAGGGUGGCGCUCGCGAUGAACAACUUCGAUAAGUGCGUCUGUUGCCGCCGCGAGGUCAUCAGCUUCAGCCGCAUCUAUGUGCCUUGA